CUGCAUCAGGGACACCAGGCAAGAUCUGAUGAGGCUCUCAGCACCCGGCGAGGCACCCAGCUGCGGCUUUUACACACAACACAAUGCUGGGGAUCUUUGUAAAUGUGAGCCAGAGGAAUAUACAAAAUGAAUGGAAGAGGCAAUAGGACAGGCUGCAGGCGGACAGACAGUAGCACAAGCAUACGCAGAGAGGACAUUUCCCAAGUGCGCAUGUUCCAAUACACAUUUUCUCUGGCCAAGUGAUGAUGUGCCCAAACUAUUCUCAAUAAGUGAAUUCCAACCAUCAUGAGCAAAUUCAGUAAAAAAGAUCCUCCUUUACUUGAUAAAGCAAGUGGCAAAUGAAUAAUGAAGCCUAACACCAAAGAAGAGUGACAGCCGCACAGAGUGCGGGACGAGUGAAUCAGGACCUGUGCGAUAGAGCGCGGGGCAGUAUCACAAACAGCAUGCUUCAGUGGAGGAGACGGCAUUGCUGUUUUGUCAAAAUGACCUGGAAUAGCAAGAGGUCUCUGUUCCGCACUCACCUCACUGGUCUUAUAUCACUUGUGUUUUUAUUUGCAAUGUUGCUCCUUUUUAACCACCACAGCUCACUCUCGGGCAGAACAGGACUCAAAGAAACCCCAGUGACGCACACAAUACGAGGAUACAGGGCAACAAAAAGUGAAACGAACAGCUCGCUAAGGAGUAUCUGGAAGGAGGGCGCUCAAACGUUAAAGCCUCACACUGCUUCUAAUGUGAGCAGCACGGAGUUGUUACAACAAGGAGUAACUGGGUUGGAGAACACACUAAGCACAAAUGGAAGUAUCUACAGUGAAAAAGGCUCUGGACACCAAAAUGUGUAUCAUUUCAAAUAUAUCAUUAACGAGCCUGAGAAGUGCCAGGAGAAAACUCCAUUCCUUAUUCUGCUCAUAGCAGCAGAACCAAGGCAGACGGAGGCCCGGCAAGCGAUUAGACAAACUUGGGGUAACGAGAGCCUUGCUCCGGGGAUUCCAACAGUAAGGUUGUUUUUACUUGGGUUACAUUCCACGGCAGAUGGAUCAAUCCAGCGAGCCAUUAUGGAUGAAAGCAGGCAAUAUCAUGACAUUAUCCAGCAAGAGUAUUUAGACACCUACUACAAUUUGACCAUUAAAACAUUAAUGGGCAUGAACUGGGUAGCAACAUAUUGUCCAAAAGUUUUGUACGUCAUGAAAACUGACAGUGAUAUGUUCGUUAACACGGAAUACUUAAUACACAAGCUGCUGAAGCCUGAUCUCCCCCCACGAACCAAUUAUUUCACAGGAUAUUUAAUGAGAGGGUAUGCGCCAAACCGGAACAAAGACAGCAAAUGGUACAUGCCCCAGGAUUUAUACCCCAGCGAGCGUUACCCAGUAUUUUGCUCAGGGACUGGCUACGUGUUCUCCGGGGACCUUGCUGAGAAAAUCUUCAAAGUGUCUCUUAGUAUCAGACGUUUGCAUUUAGAGGAUGUAUAUGUUGGGAUUUGUCUUGCAAAGCUGCGUAUUGAUCCUGCGCCUCCGCCAAAUGAAUUUGUCUUCAAUCAUUGGAGGGUUUCAUACUCUAGCUGUAAAUAUAGUCACCUUAUUACUUCCCAUCAGUUCCAGCCCGGAGAACUUAUUAAAUACUGGAAUCACUUACAACAGAAUAAGCACAAUGCCUGUGCCAAUGCAGCCAAGGAAAAAGCCAGCAAGUAUCGGCACCGUAAAAUGCACUAAAUGGACAACACGUUAAAUAAUAGAUUCUAUUGUGCAAAUUGAAAAUAUUUACAAAAAGCAUGUGCAGUGGAUUGGCAAGCUUACUGGGAAAGGCUUUUCCAAAGGAGGAUAAUGGGGAAAUUAUUUUUUUAUUUUCAAAAGAUUAUUAGAAAAUAAAUGAUCAAAAACAGGAACUAAAGGGUAUUGACAAAAACAAACAAUGCAUAAAAAUGUUGUGUAUAAAAUCUGUGCAAUAAGACGCAUGCACACUUUCAUGGUACACAUGCUCUUUUAUGUGCCAAUAAAAUUCAACUGGUCAAAUUUUGCAUACAAA